AUUCUUAUGUUCGUAAUAGCAAUGAACGGUGGUUAGUGUUGAAAUGCCUCAUCGGAUCUCUCAUCAUAGUGUGUAACUUGAGUGUUGUAAUUUCUAGUAGCCUGAUUAUAAAAAAAGGGCAACAACCGAAAAGUACCAUCCUGCUGCUAGGUAAUGUCUCCCUGGCUGAUACUAUGAUGGGAAUAUUCUUGACAUUAUUUGGAAUACUAGGUACUUCAGUGCGAUCUGAUCAACUAUGUAUAUUCAGGCUGGGUAAGUAAAACUGAAUUUGAAAAUUGCAAUUUAUGUUUCUGUGGUAUUUAUUUGUUUUUCAAUUUCUUAUAACAGGUAUGGUUAGCUGCUUUGCGAAGGUGUCCAUAUUCAGUGUUUGUCUGCUUGCAAUAGAUAGAUACAUUUAUAUUUUACACGGACUGUACUACCAGAAAUGGUUCAACACCACCAAAGUAAGAAAUGGCAUUAUCUGCAUAUGGAUUAUCGGUAAAUUUUGACUAAUAUAUACUAUCAGUAAUAUUUUUAUUAAUGUCUAAUGACAUAGCACAAAUAAUGUCCGUAUACUAUUUAAAAAUUUUCAGGUAUAGCCAUGGGAUUUAUGCCCAUUACUGGAUGGAGUAACAGUGAUCCUUUUUCUUUAUAUUGUAGAUAUGUUACAGUUUUUCCCAAGUCUUUUAUAAUAUUCAAUGCGUUUCUUAGUAUUAUUCUUAUAGCAAUCGUAACUUUAUUGAAUUCCAUAAUUUUGCUGGAAGUUUUAAGGAACCUAAGAAAUAUUAAAGCUUCUACUGCUUCCCGAAAUCACGGAAAUAUAGAGACGAAACAAAAACCUAAACUAAGAAUACAUCGCGGUACUUCUAGAAAACCAUUAAGCAAACCAUUGAAUCAACAAAGCGGCAGUAAAAUUAAAAGAAGUGCAUCAUUUCAUUUUUGUGAUAGCCAAAUAGUUAGUCCUCAAGAAAAGAUAGUAAAAUUAAGAUCCAAAAGUGUAGAUGAUCCUAAGGCUACAUUAAAUGGAUUCGAAGUCUACGUUGAUAAAUUACAUACACAAGGAAAAAGUGAACUCGCUUCUAAUUCUAGUAUUUGGACUGUGGAAUCGAUAUCAGGAAAAGCUGAACGAAACGCUGAAAAGAAAAUUUGUAAAAUGAAUGGACCUAAGAAAUGGCGAGCAGUGACUGUAGUCUUACUGACUUCGGGGAGUUUCAUCGUUACUUGGACUCCGUUCUAUGUAGUUUUGUUACUUUCUAUAUUUAGUGAAGAUAAACAUAGAAAGGCAUAUUUAGCAUCGUUAUUAAAUGGUCCUAUUGGCAUUUUUGCUUUUGUCAACAGUUUACUGAAUCCUUUGAUUUACGCUUGGUGGCACAAGGGAUUUAAAACAUCAAUCAAAAUCUAUUUCAGACAAUAUAUACAAAGGCAUAUUUUGUCAAACAGUAUAAGAGCGAGAGCCCGCGAUCGUUAAUAUUUGCGAAAAUAUGAAUGAUCAAAUUUGCAUUACGCCAAACAGGGAGAAACGAUUGACGACUAUGAGCUUGGAUCAUCGCGAUCGAGGCUUUGGCUGGUAACGGUAUGGUUGUAAAGGCGUCAAUAAGAUCUACACACAUAAUCGUCAAGCACGUCGUCCAUUGCCAGACACGAUAAUGUUUGUGUCAAACCCCCCCUUUAAACGACGUCAAACUUUACUAAAUACAAGUUUUCUAUAUAUACACUCAAGUUAUUAUUAAUUGUUUACCUAUUAAUUUAUUUCCAUUUCUUGGACUGGGAACUAACGAAGCGAUAUUAUAAACUAGAUAUAGUAUUUUUCUGGUAUAUAAUUGAGAAGCGAUUUUCUUAGCAUCCUUUGUAAAAUACCUGAGGGUGAUUGUCGAUAGUAUGAUGUCAUUGGAGAGCAUAUAAAAUAGCUGGCCAGUAGUCUAGGGCAAGGUUAUUUUCGGGCGUUAAUAUCUACCUGCCACACAGUCAUGGUCUAAUGUAGUUUAUUAACGCGCGUUUGAUUUUUUUCUUCAUUUACUGCAUCAAAUUUAUUGUUGUUAUUAUAAUACGUAAUACACUGGAAGGAUGGUAAAAUACAGUGCUCAUCUAUGCUGACCGUUGUUUUUGACAAGAAUUCUUUAUGAGUUUUCUGCCUUAAAAAGUUUCAAUUACUAGUUCCUUAAAAGUAUUAAUAUAAACAUGUUUAUUCAAAUAGCGUUAUGAAAGAACUGCAACCUAUUAAUAGCACACUGUAUAUCAGCACUAGUGCGACGUGAGGCUAUUGAAAACGAUGCAUUAGAUCGAAUUAUUGUGGACAAUUUAUUUAAGACUAAUUCCAUUUCCAAAUUUUUUUGUUAACAAAAAAUAAUAAUAAAGCUUUUCUACAGAUAGGUUAAACAGACCUGCGUUACCUAAACAUGCGCCAUGACAAUACACUGUAGUUUAUACAGAACAUAAAAUCUGUAACAAGACACGCGAUUAGGUACGGCUAGCAACAACGAAAUACGAAUAUUACAAGACUAAUUGCCAUGGUCAUUGUAAUGAUUAUGAACCAAAUAGCU